AUGUGCCGCUUUAUUGUGUACAAAGGCGCCGAGCCGAUCCAGGUCUCGCACCUCGUAACCCGGCCCCGACACAGUAUCACAAACCAGGCCUUUGAGAGCAAGCUCCGCUUCCCCUCCUCGCGCCCCAUGAACGCCGACGGUUUCGGUAUCGGGUGGUACGACCCCGUCCUCGCCGAGGUGCCUGUAGCCAGCGACUCGGCACCAGCGGCAGCACCCGGUCCCGUCCCUCCAACUCCUAUCCCGUCUCUCCCCUCCAUGCUGCGCACUGGUACCCCAGCCCCUGCGCCUUCGCCACCGAGCGUGCCGAUUGACGGGGCCGUGAUUCCGCCCGAGAGCGAAGCGGAGGAGAUGGCGGAGGAAGAUACGCGGGCACGCGAGGUCGCCAAGCUCCGUGAAGAAGAGCGGGAACACGAGAUUGAGAAGCCUUGCAUCUUCAAGAGCAUCAGUCCUGCCUGGAGUAAUGCCAACCUCACGCGCCUGGCUGAGAAACUGCGCAGCCACCUCGUAUUCGCGCAUGUGCGUGCAUCGACAAUGGCUGGUGCGCCAAGUGAGGAUAACUGCCAUCCGUGGAUCUUUGACCGUCUGAUGUGGAUGCAUAACGGAGAGAUCAGCGAUUUCCCCAAGAUCAAGCGCGCGCUACAGGCCAGCCUACCCGAGGAACUCUUCCUAUACCCCUCAGGCUACACGGAUUCCGAGUGGGCGUUCAUGGUCUUCCUCUCUAUGUUGAAGGACCCCCACGCACGCAGCUUUACGCACGCCGAACUGCGCGAGGCGAUGAUGAAGACGAUCCGCUUCAUCAACAAACUCUGCAAGGACGCCGGGGUGUCCGGACCAAGUUUGAUGAACUACGUUGUCACAGAUGGGCAUACGGUCGUGGCCACGCGGUAUAUUAGCAGCCGGACGCAGGAGGCGUCGUCGCUCUUCUUCUCGAGCGGGACGAGCUUUGACGAGUACGAGCCCAAUGCGGGGUUGUAUCGCAUGACCAAGGCGGAUAAGCGCGAGCGCAUCAUCAUGAUCGCGAGCGAGCCGCUUACGUUUGAGCGCGCCGACUGGGUCGAGGUCAAGACGAACAUGAUGAUUGUCAUUACGCCAAAGAUGAACCUCCUCCAGAUCCCUAUCAUUGACGAAUACUGGGUCGCGCCCCAGGACCCCGCGAGCCACGCGCGCUCGCCCGACCUCGCGAUCCAGCUUGGUUUCGGACACGGUUUCGCGUACGACAACGUGGCCGCUACGGCCUAG